UUUUGUUUUUCUUUUUUUUUCUUUCCUUUUCUUUCCUUUUCUUUUCAAUAAUUGUAACAUUUCAAAAUGCCUACAGUAACUAAUUACUAUGAAGUUUUAAACAUUCAAUCAGACGCUGAUGAACAACAAAUUAAAAAAGCAUACCGAAAAUUAGCCUUAAAAUAUCAUCCUGAUAAAAAUUCUUCUGCUGAUGCAGCUGAAAAGUUUAAAACAAUCAGUGAAGCAUAUGAAAUUCUAUCAGAUCCUGAAAAACGACGUAUUUAUGAUAAUCGUGGAAGAUUAGAUGAAGAUGAGUAUAAUCAUUUGUUUGAUGGUUUUACGUUCCAUAGACCAGAAGAUAUAUUUGCAGAAUUUUUUGGUCAUAUGAACAGUAUGUUUGGAGGAGACUUGUUUUCUUCUUUUAUGAUGCCUCCUCCUCCCCCUCCUCCUUCUUUUGGAAUGUUUCCUCACCAUCCUUUUAUGUCUAAUAGAGGAAUGGAUCAUUCAUUAUUUGGAGGAAACAGCAGUAGCUUUAUGCCAAUGUUACAACAACAAUUUUCUAGUAGUAGUAGCGGUAGUAUGAAUAGAGGAGGAUAUUCAAAAUCAGUAACAACAACGACUCGUAAUAUUAAUGGUGUGAUUGAAACAGUUAAGAUAACGAAAAUUACUGAUGAAAAUGUAAGUCUAAUUCUUUUUUUUGGAGACUGUUAUUAUAUAGUAAUCUUUCUUUUAUAGGGAACAAAAGUAAUAGAAGAAUAUGGUAAUGGUGUAACUAAAGUAAAUGGUAUUGAACAGCCACCAGCAAGACAGCAGAUUGAAAAUAAUAAUAUGCUUUAUUUACAACAACAACAACAACAGCAGCAGCAGCAGCAGCAAAGAUUACUGGAUAAUAGAAGGCGUCAAGAACAAUACUUGAGACAACAACAACAACAA